CUAAUGUUUGGAUUAACUAACCCAAGAGAUAUAAUUGUAUAUUUACUUCUUUAAUAAAACUUAUUUUUGUGACUUUGAACCUUGAAUCCUAGUUUGAGAACAAAAACUUGAUUCAGUGAUAUCCUAGUCUUUUUAUCUUUUAUUUUAUUAUAGAUAGUGUUCAAACGUUUCUUUUUCUUGUCAACAAUAGUCAUACGUUAAACUCAAGUUAAAAAACAACAACAUCAAUAUUAAGAAUUACUCUCUCUCUCUCUUUCUUACGUUACUUUUCACCACAACAAAAAGAAUAUAUUAUAUAAUAAUAAUAAAUAACUCAGUUUUUAUAUUUUCUUAUUUAAGUUUCAGCAAACGCAACGGUACAUAUUAGGUAAUGCCAAAUAGUUGAAAAACUUAUUUAUCUUGAUCUUGAACAGGCAGCAACAUACACGCGACUAUAUAUCUCUUCCAGAUGCAUUCUCAUGUGACCUUGACUUGCUCGGUUGGUUACAGAGAGACUACCCUGAAAUUAGUGAGUUAAAUAUGGCAGUGGGUCGGUUUAUUUAAUUAACUCGAAACUGUUUUCAAGUAUAAAGAUCUUUUUCAUAACACUCAAAACAAAAUGGAUGCUUGGGUACUCAAGUUUCUGCUGCCACAACUUCUGAUUGUGUUGAUUAUUGAGCUUGCUGAUGCAAGCUCUGUCAUCAAAUAUCUUCCUGGCUUUGAGGGCCCUCUACCUUUUGAGCUUGAAACCGGUUACAUUGGUGUCGGUGAGGCAGAGGAAGAUCAAAUGUUCUAUUACUUCAUCAAAUCUGAGAGGAACCCUGAAGAAGACCCUCUUCUUGUCUGGUUAAGUGGAGGACCUGGCUGCUCUUCUCUCACUGGCCUUUUUUAUGAGAAUGGGCCUCUGGCUUUCAAUGUUGAGCCCUACAAUGGAAGUAUCCCUUCUUUGGUCUCUACUACUUAUUCAUGGACUAAGGUUGCAAAUAUAAUAUAUUUGGACCAGCCUGUUGGGACUGGCUUCUCCUACACAGGAAACCCAUUUUCUGAUAGAACAAGUGACACAAGAGCAGCUAAGCGGGUCAAUGAGUUUCUUCGUCAGUGGCUAGACAAGCAUCCUGAAUAUUUCUCCAAUCCUUUUUAUGUAACCGGAAACUCUUAUUCUGGUAAGGUGGUUCCAGCCAUCGUUCAAGAAAUCUCAAAUGGAAAUUAUAUAUGUUGCAAACCUCAAAUAAAUCUUCAGGGCUAUGUGAUUGGAAACCCGAUAACAAACUUUGAUUUUGAUAAUAACACUCGCGUUCCAUUUGCUCAUGGAAUGGCACUCAUAUCUGAUGAACUCUUUGAGUCGAUGAAGAGAAGCUGUGGAGGAGACUAUUUUCAUGUGGAUCCUCUUAACACUGAAUGCUUGAAACUCGUUAACGACUACAAGAAGUCUGUCUCUAGAGUACAUGAAGCAAAUGUUCUACAAUCAAACUGUGACAAAACAUCUCCUGAUUGCUAUAUGUAUCGGUAUUCACUAUCCGAAUACUGGGCUAAUAGCGACAGUGUACGCACCGCACUUACAGUGGCGAAGGGGACUAAAGGAAAAUGGGAGCAAUGUAACUGGAGCUUGAAUUGCAAGCAAGACAUUCAAAGCAGCAUACCAUACCAUAUGAAUAACAGCAUCAAAGGCUAUCGAUCUCUCAUCCUCAGUGGUGAUCACGAUAUGACAAUCCCUUUCAUUGGAACUCAAGAGUGGAUAAGGUCUCUAAACUUUUCCAUUAUUGAGAAAUGGAGGCCAUGGAUGAUACAAGAUAAAGUCGCUGGAUAUACCCAAACUUAUGCUAAUAAGAUGACAUAUGCCACUGUGAAAGGUGGCGGGCACACGCCAGAGUAUAAACCAGUGGAGAGCUUCAUCUUGUUCGAGAGGUGGAUAAGUGGACAAACUCUCUAAACCUAGAAACCUUGAUCUUGGAGUUAAUUAUUAUCUGUUUAAUUGAAGCCAAAAGUGCUUUGUUUCCGAAUGCAUAGAGAGACGCAUUAUGUUAUUAUUGUAUUGACUAAUGUUUUUUCUUGUUUUGGACCGUUUAUUCAGUUUGCUAUGAACUUGAUCGUACGUUGAGUAUCCAAGGUUUGAUACA